AUGAUGUUGCGAGCUGUGGGUCUUGUCUCCUCGGUCGCGAGAAGCAGAGUUUUCACAAACUGGAGUUGUGCGUCGUCAAGACGAUAUCUGUCAAGCUCACCCCAGCAUGACCCUCUUCGCGUGCUCUUCUGUGGCGCAGAUGAAUUCAGCAUUUAUUCGUUAAAAGCACUGAACAAGAUCAGAAAAGAGAAUCCUGACAAAGUAGCCUCUAUCGAUGUGGUUUGUAGGAAAGACAAACGUGUUGGUCGAGGACUGAAGCAGAUUCGGGAAGUUCCGAUCAAAAGUGUAGCAGGCACAGAGCUGGGUCUCAAUGUACACCAGAUUGACACAUUCACUGGCUGGACGCCGCCUCGACCUUUCAACAUGGUGGUUGCGGUGUCCUUUGGCUUGCUUGUCCCGCCACGCAUUCUGAAUGCAGCAAAAUACGGCGGUCUCAACGUGCACCCUUCAAUGCUUCCUGACUUGCCUGGUCCAGCACCAUUACAUCACACACUACUGCGACGACUGAACAAAACCGGCGUAACUUUACAAACACUGCAUCCCAAGCAUUUUGACCAAGGCAGAAUCAUUGACCAAACUGCUGCUCCUGGACUCCCCAUCCCAAAUGAAGCCUCCGCCACUCUGGACUCACUGUUGACCUGGAUCGGUCCCCUCGGUGCGGACAUGCUCUACAAGAAUAUCAUAACAGGCAGUUUUGCUACAAACCCCGACAUCAAACCUGCAGCCAGCCGAAGCCUCAGGAACACAAAGAACGACAUGUUUGGCCAACUAGAUGGCUCAGCCGACUACCCUCGUCAUGCCCGAAAGAUCACACCCGCAGAUCGCCACGUCAACUUCCGCUGGCCAUCAUCGGAGAUCCUUCUUAGAGAUCGUGUGCUCGGCCGACUGUUUGCAAUAGACACGAGUCUUGCACCGACGAAACGAAUCACCUUCCAUGGAUUCGAGGACUCUACCGACGCUUGCUGGGAACAGGUUCAAGCCAAGGGACCUGUGCUCAGGAUGGGCAACCAUCCCCUCGACCCUGGUGCGGUUUCGAUCUUCAGACAUGACAAGGAGAAACGCAUAUACUUCCGUUCCAAGGAUGGGUGGGUCAGCCCGGCAGAAGUCACUAUUGAGGGAAGCUCCAAACAGAAGGCGACUGUCAUUUAUGACAAGUUGAGAUCAACAAUGCCCGUGACUUGUUGUUGA